AUGUCUUUGUACGACGAAUUUGAUAAACAUCGAGCAUCUGACAAAGUUGCUGGCUGGUCAUCAGGAAUAAAGUUAUUACAAUCACAACUGCAGUUGAAAAAAGCUGCUGUUACUCAGCCAAAACGCGAGCAGUUUCGCAAAGCUACGACAGUCUUGCCACCGGUGAUUGAUUUGAAAUCAAAAGCGUCGAGUCGGGAUGCGGCUGCAGCAGCUGCAGCCGCAGCUGCUGCUGAACGUGAUGAAGAUGGAUCAACGGUGGCAACUAAUAAUACAAAUGUGUUUACUAAUCAAGUAGUUAAUUCGGCGACAACCGGAGAGUACGACUGGAAUGUUAUCAAUGAGUAUGAUCCGCUCUGGCCGAAUGAGUACGAGAAGGUGGUCAAGGAACUCAGGGAUAUACGUGAUAAGGAGUAUGAACAAGAAGCUGAACAACGAAAGCGACGAAGAGAAACUUCACGAUUUGAAGAACCAAGUUUAAUGGUAAAUACCAUGGUCGCCCCUGAAAGAGAUGAAGAACGUACAAUAACAUCUCGAGGAAUAGCUGGUGGUGCAGCAAUAGCGCCUCCACCAUCUUUGCAAGAGUCCGCAGAAGUAAUAAUGCCUCUAACCAGCACACCAAUCCGACCACCCACAACACCUGGAGUCGGUUACACCACAUCCUCGGUAGCAGCUAAAAUAAUGGCUAAAUAUGGAUUCAAAGAGGGGCAAGGUCUUGGUAAGAAGGAGCAGGGUAUGUCUGUCGCUUUGCAAGUUGAGAAAACUAGUAAACGUGGUGGUAGAAUUGUCAGUGAAAAGGAACAACUAAUGCCGCCUCCACCGGCUGUUAGUUUAUCACCGCCUCCCAGUGCUCAACCUGCCGAAGAACCAACUAUAACUGAGAUCAUGAAGAGUCCUAGCAAAGUUGUACUGCUGAGAAAUAUGGUAGGACCCGGUGAAGUUGACGCAGAUCUUGAACCAGAAGUUAAAGACGAAUGUAAUACCAAGUACGGAGAUGUAGGACGUGUAUUAAUUCAUGAGGUAAUGGAUGUACCUCCUGAAGAAGCAGUAAGAAUUUUCGUUGAGUUCAAACGAAUUGAAAGUGCUAUAAAAGCGGUCGUUGAUUUAAAUGGAAGAUUUUUUGGUGGAAGGCAAGUUAAAGCCGGGUUUUAUUCUAGUGAAAAGUUGGAUAAUUUACAGUUAAUGGACUAG